AUGCCCCUUGAGCACUCUUCCUCAGGCCGGACCUACAUCCUCCAUCCCAAUGGCCAAAAGUCCCACUACAUCCUCAACGACUUCACCGACCCCUGGAAGCCCCACGAAACAAUAUUUAUUCAACAUGGAUUCGGCCGCCAUUCCGCAUUCUGGUACCACUGGAUCCCAGCGCUAUCCCGCCACUACCGCGUUGUAAGGCGAGAUUUGCGAGGACACGGGUACUCUAGUUAUCCUGGCCAAAAGCAAAGAGGGGACUACGAAUACAACAUCGAUACGAUUGUCGGGGAGAUAAUAGAUACGCUAGAUCAACUUGGAUUGCAAAAAGUGCAUUUUCUGGGAGAAUCAACGUCGGGGAUGCUAGGUGAGAUACUCGCAGCAAGGCAUCCAGAGCGGCUGCUUAGUCUGACUGUAUGCUCGUCACCUACGCAUUUGCCGCCGCCAGCGCUGCAGAUGUUUGCUUUCGGCUACAAAGAUUGGCCUACUGCGUGCCGGCAGCUGGGGGCGCGCGGGUGGACGGAGGCGCUGGCCCAGGUACCGGGCACGAUUCCCAUUUCAGAGAGUGGGUAUUUGCCGUGGUACUUGGGGCAAGUGGAGGUUAGCGAUGGUGAAGGGCUGGCGCAGUAUGCGGAGUUUUUGUCUACGCUGGAUGUGAGGCCGUGGCUAGAGAAGAUCAAAGUACCGACACUGAUAUUGAGUCCGACACAGAGUGCGGCUGUCAAGGUUGAAGAUAUGGAGGCUCUCAGAGAUACAAUUCCGGGAAGCCAAUUGAUACCGAUGGAUGGACCCGGGCACGAAAUCUAUGUUACACUAGCAGAAAAAUGUCAGCAAGCAUUUCUGGGUUUCUUGGAAAGGUUGAAGUAG